CAACUAAAGAUGUCUAUAUUGCCUUUCACGCCCCCGAUCGUGAAGAGGCUGCUGGGCUGGAAGAAGGGCGAGCAGAACGGACAGGAGGAGAAAUGGUGCGAGAAAGCGGUGAAGAGUCUGGUGAAGAAGUUAAAGAAGACCGGACAGCUGGAGGAGUUGGAGAAGGCCAUCACCACCCAGAAUAUCAACACCAAAUGCAUCACCAUACCAAGGUCUCUGGAUGGCCGUCUGCAGGUAUCUCACAAAAAAGGCCUCCCUCAUGUAAUCUACUGCCGUCUCUGGCGUUGGCCUGACCUGCAGUCCCACCACGAACUGCGUGCUGUUGAAAUGUGUGAGUUUGCCUUCCACACGAAGAAGGAUGAGGUGUGUGUAAACCCUUAUCACUACCAGCGUGUAGAAACUCCAGUUUUGCCUCCAGUCCUGGUUCCUCGGCAUGCUGACAUCCCCACAGACUUCCCUCCACUAGAUGAUUACUCCAUCCCAGAGAACACCAUAUUCCCAGCGGGCAUUGAGCCUCCCAGCAACUAUAUACCGGAGACCCCUCCUCCAGGAUACCUGAGUGAGGAUGGGGAAACCAGUGACCACCAAAUGAGCCACAGCAUGGACACAGGUUCUCCAACGCUUUCGCCUAACCCUGUUUCUCCGGCAAACAGCAACCUAGAUCUGCAGCCAGUAACAUAUUGUGAAUCUGCAUUUUGGUGCUCGAUUUCAUACUAUGAGCUGAAUCAGCGUGUCGGUGAGACUUUCCAUGCCUCACAACCAUCUUUAACUGUGGAUGGCUUUACGGACCCCUCUAACGCAGAGCGAUUUUGCCUGGGUCUGCUCUCCAAUGUCAACCGGAAUGCAGCUGUGGAGCUGACGCGCAGACACAUCGGCCGAGGCGUGCGUUUGUAUUACAUCGGCGGUGAGGUGUUUGCUGAGUGUCUGAGUGACAGUGCUAUUUUCGUCCAGAGUCCGAACUGUAACCAGCGGUAUGGCUGGCACCCUGCCACUGUGUGUAAGAUUCCUCCAGGGUGUAAUCUGAAGAUCUUCAACAAUCAGGAAUUUGCAGCACUGUUGGCCCAAUCAGUGAAUCAGGGAUUUGAGGCUGUGUACCAGCUUACCCGCAUGUGCACCAUUCGAAUGAGUUUUGUCAAGGGGUGGGGGGCAGAAUACAGGCGACAGACAGUGACCAGCACCCCCUGCUGGAUAGAGCUGCAUCUCAACGGGCCCCUGCAGUGGCUGGACAAGGUGCUCACUCAGAUGGGCUCUCCAAACCUUCGCUGCUCCAGCGUGUCAUAGGACAAACUCUCCAAUCAUUUCAUAUAACCACACCCAUAUUAUAAAAACCAGGAAUUACCCUCUAUUGCUGCUGAAUGCCAAGCAAACAAAUAGAGCAGUAUCAAGAAUGGGAAGGCAAAACAGCCUCUGGACUCCUCAGAGUGUUACUUUAUCAAUUACAGAUCCCGAUAUUUGCUGUGGGCAAAAACUGCUGCGUACAGUUGAAGCACUUUGAACGGUGACACUCGUGGAGCAAAUGAACUUAAAAUGAGGGGUCUUCCUCAUUAUGAAUUUUAAUGUGAUUAAGAAAUUUUUGUCUUUCUGUCUGUUUUUGUUUUGAUCAAGAAGUGUGCACCGCAUUUAAUUUGAUCUGAAGGUAUUGGCAUCAUGGGCUCAUAAUAUGAUUGGUUAAAAUCGUAAACGUCAUAGCAGACCUUUCUGGCAACCUAAGUGAUGCACCAGACAAGCCUUCAGAGGAGAGUGUUUGUUUCCACCACCUUCAGUGAAGGGGUCAUGUGUGAACUUUUAAAGUAUGUCAACCUCAAAGUAUACUUGGGUUUUUUUGCAGCUCACACGUGCGUUUUAAUUGUUUUUGCACUAAUUAGUUUGUCCACAAGAUGUCAACGCUGAACCGGUUGUUUGUGCACACUAUCAAAUAGAGAGUACUUUAAAAGGCUGUUGCUGUGUCCCCAAUUCGCAUACUUAUAAGUAUGUCCUAAAAAUAUGUACUUUUUUUGUGAAGGAAAAAUAAAUACAUUUGAGAGUG